AUGACUGGUCGCAGUCCGUCGCCGACACGCGGCACCAAAAGAACUGCAGAUGAAGCUUUCAACAGAGCACCGCCACCCAUUCGUGCCCUCCAUCAAGAUGUCGUCAACAAGAUCGCUGCUGGAGAAAUCAUUGUCUCGCCCUGGAAUGCCCUGAAAGAGCUUAUUGAGAAUGCUGUUGAUGCCGGAGCGACUAUGCUUGAGAUUCUGGUCAAGGAUGGAGGACUGAAAUUAUUACAAAUCAGCGACAAUGGCCAUGGAAUCAACAAAGCCGACUUGCCUUUACUGUGUCAGCGACAUACGACUUCCAAAAUCAAGGAGUUUGAAGAUCUUACUUCGAUCGGCACAUAUGGCUUCCGUGGCGAGGCGCUUGCCAGUAUCAGUCAUAUCGCACAUCUCACUGUUACUACCAAGACACGAGAGUCGAGUUGCGCCUGGAAGGCUUAUUACACAAAUGAAAACCUUACACCACCAAAGCCUGGACAGUCCGCAGACCCCAAAGCUUGUGCGGGCAAACAAGGAACUCAGAUCACUGUUGAAGAUCUGUUCUACAACGUACCGACUCGCAGGCGAGCCUUUAGGUCUAGCAGUGAAGAAUACGCCAAGAUUCUGGACAUCAUUGGCAAGUACUCUGUCCACUGCAAAGGUGUUGCAUUCUCGUGCAAGAAACAUGGCGAGGCUGGAACAAGUCUCAAUGUACAAAGUCACCUUAGUACGGUCGACCGCAUUCGCACUGUAUUCAACAGCGCAGUGGCAAAUGAUCUGGUAUCUUUCGAGGUCGCCAAUGAUCGCUGGGGAUUCAAGUCAGAAGGCCUCAUCAGCAGUGCCAACUACUCGGCCAAGAAGUCUACCUUCUUGCUGUUCAUCAACCAUCGUUCUGUUGAAUCGACAGCAAUCCGCAAGGCUAUUGAUCAGACUUACGCACAAUUCUUACCGAAAGGAGGAAAGCCAUUUGUCUACUUGAGUCUCGAUAUUGACCCUGCUAGAGUUGAUGUCAAUGUGCAUCCAACCAAGCGUGAGGUGGGUUUUCUGAAUCAAGAAGAGAUCAUCGAGAUCAUUCAAGACGAGAUCCGCACCAGAUUGGGCUCAGUCGAUACCAGCCGCACCUUCAUGACACAAACCUUGUUAGGACCGAAGAAAACGACGACACCGAUUACACCCGCAGCCUCAACUCAGCCCGAGUUAUCAUUCUCAACGCCAUUGCUCCAGCAUAUGGACAGUACAGGCUCCACUAAAUCUACGAGCUCACGAACAGCCCCAAAACCAUACGAAAAUAAUCUUGUACGGACGGACUCGCGUGUUCGCAAGAUUACUUCCAUGCUUCCUCCUACCUUGUCUUCUUCGCCGAGCAAGGGAAGCAGGGCAGAAGGCCAAAGUGGUCCUACCGAAGAAGCAGAGUAUGAGUUUGUCGAAAAGGAGCAUACCACGAUUCGCCUUACCUCGAUCAAGGAGCUUCGCGCUGCUGUGCGGGAUGAUAUGCAUCAGAGCUUAUCCGACGUCUUCUCGAACCUGACCUUCGUGGGCAUAGUCGACACUGCCAAGAGAAUUGCUGCAAUUCAAUCAGGAGUCAAGCUGUUCUUGGUUGACUACGGCAUGAUCAGUGCGGAGUUCUUCUACCAAGUUGGACUUUCAGACUUCAGCAACUUUGGUACCAUCAAGUUCAAAGAGCCUUUGAGUGUCGCAGAUCUCUUACGCAUAGGAGCGGAGUACGAGCGGUCUCGAACGCCCAUUGAUGACCAGGAGCUAGACUGGAAUGAAGUCGUGCAAGUUACUUUGGACCAGUUAGUGCAAAGCCGCAGUAUGCUCAAUGAGUAUUUCGCACUUGACAUCUCUGAGAAUGGCGAGCUGCUUAGUAUUCCUUUGAUGCUCAAGGGUUAUAUGCCCUGUCUGGCCAAGCUUCCAACCUUCUUGCUCCGACUUGGUCCCCACGUAAACUGGGACGAGGAAAAGGACUGUUUUGACAGCUUCUUGCGCGAGCUGGCAUCGUUCUACUCGCCCGAGGCUUUACCUGUUGCCUCAGUGACUGCACAGGCAUCUCAAGAAGCACAAGAAGAUGCCACAAAACGCCGCGCUCAGCUUGAAAGAUCAAUCGAGAACGUCAUGUUCCCUGCAUUCAGAACAAGAUUGGUCGCAACCAAGAGUCUGAGAAAAGCAGUCAUCGAGGUGGCAGAUCUCAAAGGUUUGUACCGCGUCUUUGAGCGAUGCUGA